AUGGGCUACGAAGCGAACAAAUAUCGGUCGUGGCUGCCAAACAUCCUCAAAAAGUCGACACAAGAUGAUGCCACACCAGACGAACGAACAUCCCUUCUUCCAGACUCACAACACGAAGAAUGGACUACUGGUGAAACUUACGAGCUCGAGGAUGGAGUAGCAUCAGAAACCCAACUCAUUCUCCAAGAGUUCUGGAUACUACUCAAAGGAUCGCUCCCCGUGGUCGUAGCAUACGCAUUGCAAAACUCCCUGCAAACAGUAUCCGUCCUUAUCGUCGGGCGCCUCUCACCAGAAGCAUUGGCUACCGCUGCCUUCUCGUACAUGUUCGCAAUGGCUACUGGUUGGCUCGUUGCUCUCGGUGGCACAACCGCGAUCGACACCCUGGCGUCCGCCAGCUUUACCGGGAGCAAGAAUCCACAUGACCUAGGAAUCAUUCUCCAGCGGGCAUAUGUCAUGCUCCUGCUAUUCUACAUACCGAUCGCUAUCGUGUGGUUCUGCUCUGAGCCACUCUUCAAAGCCCUCGGUCAAGAAGACUACAUAGCCAGGGACUCGGCAAGGUUCCUCUCGGUGCUUGCUCCAGGAGGUAUUGGCUACAUAUACUUCGAGGCGCUGAAGAAGUAUAUGCAGGCCCAGGAAAUCAUGAGACCCGGAACAUAUGUCCUCCUUAUCACCUCCCCCCUCAGCGCCGGCCUCAACUACCUCUUCGUAUACACCUUCAAAAUGGGUCUCCUCGGCGCGCCGCUUGCUACUGGUAUCGCGUACUGGGCAUCCUUCCUCCUACUGCUUGCAUAUGCUCGCUUCGUGGACGGAUGGCAAUGCUGGGGAGGUUGGGAUCGCAAAUGCUUGCAGAACCUAUGGGUCUUUUCACGGCUUGCCCUGCUAGGCGUGAUACACGUCGGCACGGAAUGGUGGGCAUUUGAGAUCGUUGCGCUUGUAGCAGGGAAGCUCGGCACUAUACCACUGGCCGCACAAAGUGUCAUCAUGACUACUGACCAAGUUAUGAACACCAUUCCUUUCGGAGUUGGUGUCGCUACCUCCUCGCGUGUCGGAAACCUUCUCGGCGCACGUAAUGCCAAAGGUGCAGCGAGAGCUGCCAACACUGCUGCUGUUCUCAGUAUGCUACUUGGUGCGCUGGUACUGGCUGUUCUCAUGGGAGUCAAAGACUUUUACGCCAAGAUUUUCAACGACGACGUGGAGGUCGUCAAGCUCACUGCAAAGGUAAUGCCUUACGUCGCACUUUUCCAAAUUGCAGAUGGACUUAAUGGCAGCUGCGGCGGAGCCCUCAGAGGCAUGGGUAGACAACACAUCGGAGCAACGGUAAACAUCGUCAGCUACUACUGUGGAGCUUUGCCAUUGGGCAUUUGGCUUGCCUUCCACGGCUGGGGUCUCGGUGGCUUAUGGGUCGGUCAGUGCAUCGCGCUGUACCUUGUCGGAUUCGCAGAAUGGGCGAUCGUUGCUUGGAGUAACUGGGAUUACCAAGUCAAGAAGGCUUUCGAAAGAAUGGAUUCAGAUGACAGGGCAGAGUUGGGCGUCUCUCCGGAGGAGCCUGCACCGUUACACAGAUAG